CCGGCGGUGUGUGGAGAGGAAUGUCUCCCGCCGCUGCACAGCCGCGCGCUCCACUGCUGCUCGUCAGAGCGCGAGGCGGAGGGAGAGCAGAGGGGCGAGCCGCCAUUUUCAGAGCGUCGCUUUCGCGCAAACAAGGCGAAAAAACACACAGUGCGCGGCUCGGAGACGCGUUACAGCGAGGCCCGGACAUGGGCAGAGGAGCGCAACGACGCCCUUAAAGCCAGAAGAAAAGGGAUCUGAGAAAAAAACACGGGUUUUGUGUUAAAUUUGAGCGAGCUCCGUUUCUCGCCCGUCGUUCGCCCAUUUCGUGACUCUGAGGCGAGGGCGAAUCGCGGGGCUGCAGGAGAGGGCCCCUUUUGAGAGGACGUCGGCUGUAAACGGGUGGAUUUUUUGAUCAAUACAAAAUUUUUCAGCAUCUUUUUGUGGUGUUUUUCUUGUAUUAUCGAAAACGGGGGGGAAUCGUCGGUGAAAUCGCCGCGGAGCGCUCGCCCCGUCACGUGGUUGUCCUCAGGCAAGGCAGUAGGUGGGUGGUGUGGCGCAGGCCUCGGCACUGGGAGAGGCCGCUGUGCCCGUCUCUCUGCGCUGCAUGGCUGCGAUGGCGCCCGCUCUUACCGACGCGCCAGCCGAAGCUCACCACAUCCGCUUCAAACUGGCCCCUCCAUCAUCCACACUCUCCCCUGACAGCACAGAGAACAGCGGCAACGCCGGCAGCAUACUCAUUUCCAGCAACGGCACGGUCAAGCACAAGACCACCGUAACAGUUGCCGAGGAGUGCUCCCUGGACUUUCGGGCCAGUGGGAACAACUGUAAAGACGAGCAACAGCACACCUCCGACACACCAGCCACGCCUCUGGGCAAGCUGCAGCCACUGGUGGCUUCCUACCUUUGCUCUGAUGUCACUUCUGUUCCAUCCACUAAGGAAUCCCUCAAGCUGCAAGGUGUCCUCAUAAAGCAGUCUGUCCUCAAGACUCAAAGCAUCAACUCAUACCUCACCAGUGGUGACUUUCUUUCCCGAAAGCAGCAAACUCUGGAGAGCUGUGGCGAUCAGUUCAAGAGCCUCAUGAGCAGCAGUGGUGUUGGGGGCCAGCCAGUGGCUGCUCCGCCCCCUCAGGCACCUGUAAAUGGCCUGGCCAAGAAGGUGGCCAAGGCCAACACUGACAAGGACUGUGUGCCCUCGGUGAAUGGAGGCCGGCCUCUUGUAAUCCAGGACUCCACGUUGUGGACUCCACAGAAGGGCAGCCCUGACUUUACACAGGGGGACUUGGCCGGUCCAGUUCUCCUGAGAGGAUGUGUGGAGGGCCAGCAGCAGGCAACAGGACUUUGCAACAUGUCAGGCAGCUUGGAGCAGGUAGUUGCCCCAGCUUCAUCAAGUGCUGGCAUGAACACAGGGUCACCGGAGGGCCAUCUAGCACCCAUGUGCCUUGAUGCGAAUCCUCGGGCGGUACCCUUGACGGAUGGUGAGGGGGCUGUGUGCAGCAGUUCGGACGUUUGCACUUCCUCAAAGAAUCCCCAGCAGGAGCUCGGCAUUGGCAGCCUGGAUGAUGACCUCAGUGAGCGCAUGCUGCUGAGCCAGAGUAGGCAGGGUGAGAUCGAGGGCCGACUGCGUCGGCUGCGCAAGCGACUGCAGGUGGUGCAGGCAAAGCAGGUGGAGCGACAUGUGCAGCAGCAGCUAGGUGGCCUUGUGCAGAUCUCCUUCAGUAAGCUGCCUAGCCUGGAUGUACUACGGCAGCGCAGCCCGGCUGUGCUCACUCGCAAGGCAGAGGCAGCACUGUGGCGGGCUGCCAGCGAUCCAGCUGCAGAGGAUGGCUUGGGCCGGUUCCUGAGGAGCGGAACGGUGCCCGCAGAGCUGGAGCACCUUGCUCUCAGUGGCACGGCCAACCUGCAUGCUGCUGAGAGUGCAUUUGACUCAGAUGCUACAGAGAGCAGUUCAGGUGGGGAGACGGAUGUGGAGGAGGAUGAGCUGACCAAAGUGGACCUCGACCAGUGCCAUAUCCCACUAUGGAGGAGGGCAGAGGGCCGGUAUGCAGUGGAGAGAGCCUCCAUCAUCAGUCACUGGAACUGGCUCCAGGCACAGAUAUCUGACCUGGAGUACCGCAUUCGGCAGCAGACAGACAUCUACCGGCAUAUCCGUACCAACAAGGGCUUAAUAGAGCUGGCAGAAAACAGCCCCUGUGAGGUGUCUGAGGACAGGAUACAGCCGAGGGGGCAGUUUGAUCAGCCUGUCACCUGUCAUCUCAGCCAGGAUGCUGGUUUGGAGGUCACUGAGAGCAUGGUAUCCACCCACAGUCCUGUCACAGAUCCUGGCCUCUGGAAGGGGUGUGGCCCUGGCAGGCAAGUCAAUGGCAUCAUCAACAGCCUGCAUCCCAACCCCCAGGGUUGCGUCCCGCCACAGACGGAGGACCCGCACGAGCAGCUUGCCCGGAAGCUGCCGCUGACCCCUCUGCUUCCUCCCCUUGACAGUAGCUGUAUUGCUGCCCGUACACGUCCUGUACUCAGCUACAAAAAGCGUAGGCUGGUCCAGCCCGGCACUGUCGCCAAUCUGAACCGCAAGAUCCAGAGAAGUUCUGGGCCUCGAUGUAGCUGCGAUGUCAACCCUCCGUGUGUUAUGUGUGGAAGCCGGCCAAGGCCCAGCCUCAGCCCUGAGUUCCCAUAUGAGCGCCCCCUCCUGGAGAGGCUGUCACAGUUUGACCCUUGCAUCCACCCUAUCUUGUCAUUCAGUGAUGAUGUCUCCAUGAACCUGCACCUACAGCGAGUUUUGAAGUCCCACUGGCAAGACAAGUCCUUAGAGAGGAUCAGGCCCCUCAAGAAGCUCUCCCUUAAACACAAGCUGUCCCUUGGAGGCCGAAUCCCAGACUCCUCCUCCACCUCUGCUUCCUCCACCAAAGAAAAACAUAAGCUGUGCAACUCGCUCCUUGCCUCCAUCAGGUUCCACAAGUUCCGGCCAGAGAAGCUGCACCGUCAGCAGCUGGACAGCUUGGUUAGUGUGUCGAGGCCGGAGGGCCGAGCACUCUGCAAGCCAGAACGCACCCAGGGCAUCUCUCUGGGGCCCUUUGACAGGAACCACAGUCGCAAACGUCCCCGAGAGCACUCCAUGGAGAGGAGCGACAUGACCCCCAGACUCUUCACGGACACAGGCAGCCCUUGUUCAUCUCUAGCCAGUCUGCACACACCCACUCACAGCCCCCUGACAAGGCAGCUGUCCACCUCUUCGGAGGGCUCCACACCCCUGGCACUCAGCAGCCAGAGUGCCACCAGCACCCCGCAGCCCGUCAGGAGGCGAAGGGGGGAAAGCUCCUUUGACAUCAACAACAUUGUGAUCCCCAUGUCGGUGGCUGCCACCACGCGUGUUGAGAAGCUGCAGUACAAGGAGAUUCUCACACCCAGUUGGCGAGAAGUUGAUAUCUCUGCACAUCCAAUCGCAGAAGAAGAUGAAAACGUUGAGAUCGAGGAUCUGUCAGACGCUGCCUUUGCCCAGCUGCACCUCCCCUGUGAGGAACAGGAGCGCUCCAGGUGGACCUGGAUGGCCAGUGCUCCAGCCAAAAGGAGGGGCAGCAGGUCGUACAAGUCUUUGGAUGGCCGGACAACCCCUUUGCUUGGCGGUACCAAUCCCUCCACGCCGCAGCCAGCAUCCCCUGACACACCACACUUCCACGCGCUGCAGGACUAUGGCCCAGUGCCAUCUCCGCACAGCCCGGCCAGCCCAGACCUCCUGUCGAACCUGUACACACCCUGCUCCCGCGACUCGCACCGGCUGCAGUCCAGCGAGGACACGCGCUGCUCCACACCCGACUUCACCUUUGAGGAGCUGACUGUACAGCCAUGGGAACGCAGGACUUUUCCUCUGCCGGAGGACCCCCCGGUGGAGCCGGAGGAGCCGGCGGGGACAGACUGCGAGCGGCCGGCACGUGGCUUCCGCCGCAUCUCGGGCAGCAGGCUCAACUCGUCCAAGUCCGAGUGCGAGAAUGGACCGGCGUCACCCUUCCCGGACGAGGGCGGCAAGCAGAAGUUCCCUGUGUACCGAUGAGCUACGCAAACAGCCUUUCUCUGCCACACCCCCAGUUCCCAAUCCAAGCAUUAAAAUAAAGAACUCAGAGUGAAAACAAACUUUAAAAAUUGAAUCCUGUUGUUUGAUAUUCAAACAUCAGUCAGAUAUUUUCACAGUUUUUAGUGAACACACAGACUGUAGAAAACCUCUUUUUAACCUUAUUUUGUUGCAGGUGAAACAAAUGUUUAAAAAAAUAUGGGGAAUAAAGAAAGCUUGCAAGAAGAAAACCGUAGUAAGAGUAGAUCAGAUGCUGAACGAUGACGAACGUGGGGCUCAGUGUCGUGUUCUGCCAUGUUAGGUGUACACUUGUAGCGCACUAUGUAGCACACUUGUGUGAGGCCCCGGCAGCGCGCCGUUCUGUCCGUUACUUGGUGUCUGCGACGCCUGGGCUGAGGAGAGGGCCUGUCUGCGCCGUCUUCCCUCCCUCACUCACUCCGAUCUGUGGUUUCCUUUUGAGAGAACAUGUUGGGUGCGGGGGGUGUCGGGAAGUCUACCAGCAGGCAUGGGGGAAGCGCCCUCCGUUUCUCCGCUGUCUUGGGAUGUUCCACCACCACCCCUCCCCACGCAGCUCAGCAUUAGCGAGUGUUUUUGUCAGCACUCAGCUGUGUAUUUUUUCACCUUUUCUUGCCAAUAAAGGAAGCGUUUCUGUUCCCCUCGGAAGCAGUGUGACGUGUGUGCCGUGUCUUCCUGCGUGGGGAUGGAGGAGUGCGGUGCAGGUGAGGUGUCGCUGCGGCUGCUCUGGAGCACUUCCCCCACUGGGGGGCGCUGCUGUGUGCAGAACCUGUUCCUGGAUAAACUUGAGCAGCUCAGAAGGGCCUCUCUCACACUGACUGGUGCAACGGGGUCCGUUGGCUCCUCUCCGUGUCCAUUCUUUGCACGGAAGCGGAACUGCGGGGGAAGAUUUGUCAGCAGUUUGAGCCGUUUCCCCCAGUCGAGGUGCUGUAGGGACUGGCAGAAUGCAUUUCUUCUCUUCUUUUCAGUGCCAUCUUCAGUCUUCUCAUUCCCCCCUCCCUCACUUGUUUGUGGGUCCAGUGUGCAGAAAUGCGGUGUUCUCUAAAAGGAAGCCCGCGAUCGGCGCGUAGCCGCCGCUCCGUACCGAACGACACCCAGACCUCAGGUUUCGGAGUUUAAGGGAACGCUGCUCUGAAUACUCUGGGGCUUGAGCUUUGCUAGCGUUUUACUAUUUAUUGUGAUCAGUAUGAUUGCAAGAGACUACUUGGCUGCACAAUUACUUUGUUUCUGUCACCCAGCGUUUUGUCGAUGACUAGAAAACUUAUCAAACUGAAGCACUAUUACCCUUUUUAGUUGCAAAUUGCUAUGCAAUCUGGAUUUUGUUAAUAUAUAUAUGAAUAUAUAAAUUGUAGGUUAUAUUUUAUGCCUCAGUUGUGAAUUUCCCUCAAUCCUGUGUCACUGUACCCUUUUGUAGUUACGCAAGACGGGUUGAACUGUACAAGUUUAAUUGUUGCAGCAGUUAACAUUCAGUUACAAAAUUGUUUUGUAAAUAGUACCAUUAAAAC